AUGGUUCUGUAUUUAUACCAUUUUCAAAUUACCCACCUAAUAGCGCUCCAGAAGGUCGCAAAUCUGUCACCGGCCAUCAUGAUUUACCAAUCACUGGAUGGCUUCAAGACGUCGCCGCAGUUCAAAAAUCAAAUCCUGACAAUAACAUAUUGUUGGAUGACGGUGUCCAUUAAACACAAUAACAGGCAGCGUGACGCGGAGGGCGGCAGCUACUUUGCACUCCUGAGAAUUGCUGUAAGCCAACUUUCUGCAUACGCAGCCCAUUUCAAUCUGCCACUAGUUGCUGGGCAACUACUAUGCAACGCGGUUGCGUCACGAAAGAUCCCGUUGAAGCUUCUGCUUAUGGAUCUCCAUACCAGUCUCGAACUGAGCAACUGUCAAAUUCAUCGAUGCUAUAUCUCAGGCCAGGUCUUGAAGACCAGUAGCCGUUGGCUAAUGAUCGGACCCUAUGGCAUUAUACAAGGUGCUCCGUUGUGUCCUACUGGACUCCCACAUGCCCAAAAGAGGUCCGACGGCGGUAGGGGUAGCAGACAUAGCAGCCUAGUCGUCUGGAACCAUUUAGGCGAUACGCUACAACUCUCCAGCCAAGCUGACAUCCUACAGCGCAAUAUGCGGAAGAAAUGAAAGCGCAUUCAGGCACUCCGGCGAUCAAAUCCUUCAUUCUACAAGUCCGCAACAUAUUCGAGUUGAUCG